CCAUAUUUUGCAUUUAUGUGCAAAAGUUAAAUUAAAAUCAAUAAACCAUGCAAAUACACGACGUGACUAUCACUAAAAACGUCCAAAACAUUUUUAGCUCAUUUUCUACAUUAAAUAUAUUUUUAAAUGUCUUUGCUUUACACUCAAAUGGAGAAAGUGGAACGAUUCCCAACAAAUAUUACGUAAUAUUUAGAAGUGUCGCCGCUACCACCAUCUUGGGAUCGAUAAAUUUUUAUACUUUGUACUUUAAAGUGUCAAAUGUUUACGAUCAAAUCAAUGCGUCGAUAAAAUACACAGACGCCGUGCAAAUGGUAUACGACUUUUGGCAAUACACGAUCGAUCUAUACUUCGUAUAUCAAUACGGCAGAGAGAUGAGCGUGGAAUAUUUCAAAUUGUACGGAAACAUCGACAAGACACUCGGCGUCCAUUAUUAUUCAGCUUUGAGACGCAAACUGUUGAAAUUAAUAUCAAUAUUCCUAUGUAUUUGGUUGUUAAGUUCUAUUUGUGAUUUCGCAGCGUGGGCGUUGAGUAUUGGCUGGAUCAUUCCGACCAUGUUUUCAGUUGCGUAUUUUUACCUUUUGAUAAAAAUUCUGACUACUCUGGACUUGUCUGCUCACGCUUUCCACAUAGAAUGCCGACUUCGAAGCAUAUGUGAUUUGUUGCAAGAUUGCUAUAGAAGAGUUGACUGUUCAUCAGGAGCAGUGGAUUACAUUCAUAACAAAGAUUGGUUAUAUUCGGACGCGUGUACGCGCGUCCUGAAACUACAAAUGCAAUACGAUCCUAACAAAAUCCCGUACAACAUUUCCCGUGAUGUGAAAUCAUUGAGUAAAGUAUAUCUGAUGUUGUUGGAGCAAGUGGCAUUCAUAAACACAAUGUUUGGUGUAAGGAUUCUACUGAAUAUAUUAAGUUUCUUGAUAGAUAUGAUUCGGUUCACUAAUAUCGCUGUGAGGGUGUUAAUCGGAUCACAGCACACGACCUAUGACACGGGCUAUUGGCCAGGUCUGUCGAGCACGCUGCGCCUGCUCACUUGCGUCGCCGUUCUCCUCAGUUUGGUGUGUCAGUGUGAGAAUGUGUACAGGCAAAACGACAACCUGCUCAAUGUGAUUGACCACCUGCUUAUCAACAAGAAACCAUCCGAUCUCUUACGGCACGACGCAACGCAACUCCGAGACCUGAUCAAAUCUAGACCAAUCAGAUUCAACAUGGUGAACUUCCUUACUCUCAAUAAUUCUCUAUUGCUAUCUCUUACUUCUGUGGUCGUUACUUACACUAUUAUUAUUCUACAAAGCGUAAAUUAAAAAGCUUCAUUUAAUUAAUUUGAGCCUUAAGCUUUAUUUAAUAAAUUAAUAUAUUUGAACUUUAUUUAAUUUUUUAUUUAUUUAUUAUUGAAAUAUUACGGUAAAUACUUAAGGUAUUACAUUCCCCGUAUUUACACCUGCAGUUUUAUACAUUUAAAUUUAUUUUACCUAUGGAUAUGACCUUGGGUCGUUAAUUCCAAAUAUCAUCAAAAUCAGUCUAGCGGUUUCGCCGAGAAAGCGGACAAAAACACAAGUCAG